AUGGCCGGGCGGUGGGACCAUUAUUUCCUGACGGUGCUCGAGAACGAUCCCCCGGUGAAGAUGCCGGACCUGGAGGCCCACUUCCCGAACUCGGCCAUUCGCCUGCUGGAGAAGAAGCAGGAGCUUGUGGAGACGGACCGGGCCCUACAAGCUCAAAAGGAGGAGUUCCGGGUGAAGAUGGAGAGCUUGAAAGAGCGUCAGGAGGAGCUGGAGCUCAAGGAGAAAGAGCUGAAGAACUCCAUCAUCCGCUUUGACAAGUUCCUCACGGAGGAUGCCGGGAAGCGCAACCGGGCCCGGGAGAAGGCGGCCCGGGAGCAGGAGAUUGCAGGCCGGAAAGACGCCGAGGCGGCCGCGCUGCGGGAGGAAGUGUCUUUGCUGCGGAGGGAGAAGGAGCUGCUGAAGCAGCAACUGGAGGCCUGCGACCCUUUCGUGCAAUACCUGGAGCGAGUGCUGGCAUGGACGGGCCAGUUCCAGGAGGUCCCCGAGCUGCUGGCCCGGUUCGGCGGGCUGGUGGCCACGCAGGCCCUUCUGCUGGGACGGGAGCAGGCGCGGCGCCGGGAGGUGGAACUGGAGCGGCUGCGGUUGCACCAGUGCGUGGAGGAGCGCGGCGAUGAAAUUCUGCAGCACAACAACCAACUGGCCCAGCUGAGGACUCAGCUCGAGCGAGCCCGGGCCCGCACCCUCAAGUGGGAGGCGAGGUGGACUCGCAUCCAGAACACUGCUGCCCAGAAGACCCUGCUCCUGGGCCAGAUCAAGAUGGCAUCGUUCAGCCUGUUCCAACUGGUGCGGAGCCACAUGAAUCGGCCGCCCCAGGUGCCCCUGGAGGACACGGAGGGGCAGCUGGACAAGGUGCAGCAGUAUGUGAAGGACCUGUCCGACAUCCUUGCUGACCUCCGCAGCGGCCGACUCGGACCCCCGACCGCUGCCACCUAGACUCCCUCCAACCCCCGGACGCGGCGCCCACGGCUGCUGCAGCGGCUCCAGGCUGGGACCAGAAAUACGGAGACUUCAGGCCUCGGGUCACCCUUUUGAUGGCCCGCUGGCACCAGCUCUCUGUUGGCAUUAGUGCCCCAGCCAGCCCGCCCUCACUUCCUGUUCUCACCACGUUGGCCCACAGGGGCUGCCCACGCCGGCUUCGGUUGCCAUCCCACAUCCCCAAGUUCUGAUGUGGGCCCCGUGCCCAGGUGAACGCUGUGGGCAGUGCCCGUUGGGUCAUCAGCGAGGGCCUGUGCCAGGGGGCGGUUUGUACCCAGGCCGUGGCGCCAGCCUCAGAGCCGGAAGGAGGGCCACGUCCGGUUCAACAGGUUUGCUUUUUUCCGGGGAGGCGGGGCCCACCGUCUCCUGCUCUGGGCUCCAUCCCCUGGGGUGCUGGCUUGGGUGUCUCCAACUGGAGCCUGCAGCCUUGCCAGCCGCCCCACCCUGUAAUCCCAGGAUGGGGAGAGAUGGGAUGGUGGUGUUAGCCCUUUAAAGCGCCUGAG